ACAUAUGUGGAAUUGAGGAAGGAAUAGGAUUGUAUGGAUUAAGGAAAUGAUUAUUUAGUAACUGCAUAGAGGCUUUUCAUUAAUGAUUUAAUGGUAUAUUACUGAUGUAAAGGCAUUGAAUAAAAUGUUAAUAUUAUAUUCCUACUUAUAGAAUCUUCAGAACGAAUGCACUGUGCCACGCAAAAGUAAAUGCAAGACGAAAGUAGUUUAAAAUCAUGUAACUGGAUCCACAGGUGGUUUAUUGCUACAAGUGUGUAGAGGCCUCACCACCUAGCACAGAGAGUAAACGAGGAACACGGUAGUACGUGUACGAAAUGUUUAAACUAUAAGAAAAUCCUUCUAGAAAAAGAUUGGAAAUGUUAAGGGAUUACUUUCCUAAAGGCAUUUUUAUUGAAUCUCUUAUCUCUGCUCUUGCUGUGAAAUAUAAACGAUCUGUUCGAGAAGGAGUUGACGGCUUGCACAAAUGUUUGGUGGACAAAUAGGUCAUCGAUCGACAAUGCACUUCCGUUUCAAUGUUGUGCAUUGUGCAGUGGAAUCUCUAUUGUUUUUAUGCAAUCGAUGGAUUGCAGUAGUGUGUCGAUUGAAAACACAUCAAAUCUCCCGACGCAAUCGCAGAGCGUCACGUCGCUUCGCGUCGCGAAGCUAAUGACAGAACGGUCAUUAGCCCUGUGUCCUUAGCCUUUUGAAAGGGGUGGUGGACGCUGCUGCUUGUUGUGAGGCAGCCGAGGCGACCGAGUUAGCAAAAUAGACGCGACAACGGCUUUGGCGAUAGCGGCCUGGCUGCACCGCUGCAGCAUGAUUAUCUGAUCUUGUUUGAAUGCAUGGAGCCGUAGUGGCACUACACCUCACCGUUGGCGGUGGUUCGGUGGAUGCAGGAAGUGGAGGGCGCGCCGUGGAGAAGGGUGUCCUAUAAAUCUAGUACACUUGGUUGAGACUUUCAACAGUCUUGGCUUGAUUUCAGUUUGUCAGUGAUCAUGCGCUGCUGCAUUAUAGGAGCGGGAAUGGCCGGCAUUGCGGCCGCUCGGCGUGUACUGGAGCUCGGUGGCGAAGUGACGGUAUUCGAGCGUAUGGGAGAGAUCGGAGGAACGUGGAUCUAUACGGACGACGUCGGUAUGGAUCAGUUCGGUCUGCCGGUCCACACCAGCAUGUACCGUGGGCUAAGGACGAACCUACCGAAGGAAGUGAUGGGCUAUCCUGAUUUCCCGAUACCACCUCAGUCAAAAUCGUACAUCGCGUCGCACGAUAUCCUGGCCUUUCUCCGGCUGUACGCAAACCGGUUUGAUAUCGUGCGGCACAUCAAGUUCAACCACCACGUGGUUCAAGUGCAGCCGACCGGAGAUGGUCGAUGGCAGAUAGAGGUGCAGAAUCUUAUCAGCAAAACGACGGUGUUGAGCAACUUCGAUUUCCUUUUCGUGUGCAACGGACAUUAUCACACACCGAGCGUUCCUGCAAUCGAGGGUAGCGCCCAGUUCCGUGGCCAGCAGUUGCAUAGUCAUGACUAUCGGUGUGCUGACCACUACGCAAACAAAGCGGUACUAGUGAUCGGUGCAGGCCCUUCCGGGAUGGACAUUGCGCUGGAGUUGGCUAAAACGGCACAACGCGUUACGCUCAGCCAUCACAUGGACCGGCUAACGUUUCCAUUUCCAGCCAAUCUAACGCAACAGCCGGAUGUGGCCCGACUGACCGACACCGGGGCACGGUUCGUGAACGGAGUCGAGGCAUCCUUCGAUGUGGUUCUUUACUGUACCGGAUUUCGCUACAGUUUCCCCUUUCUGGGGGAAGAUUGCGGCAUCACGGUCGAGGACAAUCAUGUUCAACCGCUGUACAAGCACUGCAUCAACAUCAACCAACCGACCAUGGCCUUCAUUGGGCUACCGUACUACGUGUGCGCGGCUCAGAUGAUGGAUCUGCAGGUACGCUUCUGCUUGGAGUUCUUCGCAGGCCGCCGCUGCUUGCCAACGCGGCCGGAGAUGCUGGCGGAUAUGGAGCAGGAGAUGGACGCUCGUUGGCGCAGGGGAUAUAAACGGCGCCAUGCGCAUAUGAUGGGCCCGGACCAGGGACAGUACUACGAUGAUUUAGCCCAAACGGCCGGCAUCAAACCGAUCGCACCGGUAAUGACCAAACUGCACAACGAAAGCAGUCAACGCUUUGUGGACGAUUUGAUUCACUUUCGUGACGAUGUGUUCGCCAUCGUGGACGAUGAAACCUUCGUGGCCUUGUAGCGUGUUGGAUGCUGUGCUCCGUCUGUCGUUCAACGUUACACGCAAUGGUAAUAUCCUGCUACUAAAUGCAAUGGAUGAAUCAGUUUGACUGACCUUGAAGUGUAAAAACAGAACUUGCCUGGGUUAGAGAUGUAAAAU